AUGACAAGGGCCCGCCAUCAUCACUUGAACCGCACCUACAUCUGCCGCUCGCUGCUCACUCGCCAGAACAUCGUUCAGAGCGACUGUAAACCUUCUUUCAGCAGCAACAUCGACCUCAAACACCCUACAAAUCAAAUGUACGACAGCCCGUCAGGACUGGUUCGUCCGUUGCCGCCCAAUCCUCCUCCCGGCGCAGACGAUUUCGAUGGUCCAAACGGCGCAGACAGAAAAUUCGAUGGCCCUCCAAUGCUCCCUCCAAUGGCAUCGUUCAAUGACGGCGGACUAGCGCCCCAGGCGACACGCUCGGGUCCUCCAUCGAGGGCUGCCACGCCGCCGCAGAGUCCUGGCUUCCCCAAUAACGGCGGAAAACCAAGGAAUCCGCUGACAGAUCUGAUUGAUAGCGAGGAGCAGUUUGUCGCCCUCAUGAGCGCCAUCAUCCGAAAAGUCGCGUCGGCUUGGUCAAGAAAAAACUUUCCUCCUCCCGAGCUGGAUCUCAUGUUCAGAGGCAUCGAGGGCGUGUUCAAGGCCAGCCGCACCUUUCUCUCGAAUCUCAAAGAGAUUGGCCCCAACCCUUCGUCUCCAAAGGCGCUAGGUGAUCUAUUGAUACGAUGGGUUGAUGAUUUAGAAGGACCCUAUACACGAUAUUGUGAAGCGUUUGCUACCGGAUUCGAUCAAUGGGACGCUGUUCAGUCGAAUACCAAUCUUCCGCGUAUCCUUGCCGAGCUCUCCGAGACCAUUCCGACUCCCCCGAACGUGGACCCACCAGUGUGGACAUUGGAUACCCUCUUCCUGCUUCCGCGUACACGGCUAAAAUACUACAAGAAGCUUUACGCGCGCUUGCUCAAGAGCACAGUACCCGGAAAGUCGGAUCAUGCUCUCUUGCUCGAUGCUACUUCAACCUUGGAGACGCUUUUCGCAAUGUCAGAGAGCAGGCUAAACGUCAUUGUCGGCGAGCCAACGUCGUCUGAACCACCACCGCCGCUCUCGAUGCAAGACCUAGAGAGAGAUUUACCGCCACCACCUCCUCUCACAGACCCUCAAGGUCGAGAUUCGUUUGGUAGCUCUGCUCCAGCCAGCAGUCGAUCUAGCGCGCAUAGGAUGUCUCGAGAGACUGGACAGACAUCACUGCCAUCGUCGACGAGUACCUCUGUCGGUUGGCAAGCCAUGGAGCUGGAGACCAAGCUGUCAACAGCCAAAGUUUUGGAUAUAUUCACUAUGGAACCCCGACAAUGUCGACUUCAAAUCAACCCUGCUUCCCUUCCAUUUACCCGCGAGCUCCGUAUAGAUACAGAUUGCAUCAUUUAUUUCACACCAAACUCUACGGGCGUUCAGCAAACGACGACAAAUGCUCACAUAUUCAUCCUUACCGACCUCUUCCUUGUGUGCGAACGCAUGACGCCAGACGAAAAGAAGGAUUAUGAGUUGGAAGGUUCCGAAAUGUGGCUCUCAUACCCGCCGCUUUCAGGAAAGGUGCUCAAGGUCUCCGAAGCACAAGGGGGACCAGGAGAGCACGUCAUUCAGGUCACAAUCCUGAAGAAAGAGACGAUCUACAUACACUUUGAGAGUGCUCAAGUUAAGGAACAAAUGUUGCGAGAGUUUGCAGAGUGCCGAGAGGCUGCAAUGUCGACUUCGAAUCGCAAUAAUGGUCCGCCACCUCCUGUUCCACCUCUCUUCCAAGGUGGCCCUAACCGGCCACCAUCUGCUCCUACCGCAAACAGAGGCUUUGGUGAUCCGUCGAGACCAGGAGGACACAUGUCGGACCCGCCGCCAUUACGUUUCCAGGAGAAUGGACAGGCGCUCCCUGCUCGAAAUGGCUCGUUACAUGAUCCUAAUACGCACAGUCCGCCACCACCACCAGGCAUGGGGCUGCCCGGGAUGGGUAUGGGCAUGGGCUUUGGAAUGCCGCCUCUGGGUCCAGGUGGCCCACCUGGUCCACCAGGGGGACCGCCAGGGCAGUUUAUUCCGCCUCCGAGAGGGUCAAGCGCAGGUCCUGGAAUGGGACCUGGGAUGGUGCCCGGUAUGGGACCGCCGAUGGGACCUCCCAUGGGGCCAGGACCGCAUCGGAUGCAAACCGCACCCCCUGGCGCACCAUUCCCACCACGGCAUCCUGGUCAGCUGGGCCCAUUCCCGCCGCCAGGUCGCCAACCAUCUCCUGGUAUGCCGCCAGGUGCGAUGGGACCUCCGUUCAACGGGAUGCCUCCAAUGGGACCAGGACCGCUACAACCUCCGGGGGCUCCAUUUGCUGGACCACCUGGACCUUAUGGAUCUCCCCGUGCCCCGUCGAUGGCUAUGCAUUCAGGAGGCCCUCUUUCGGAUGAGGACCAUUCGCCUCCCACGUCACCGACAGCCACCGGACCCACGACGACGUCGAUCACCGCCCGAAUGCGCUGCAAAGUAUUUUUGAAGCAACAGCACCAGCAGUGGAAGGCACUCGGAUCGGGCACGCUGAAGCUAUACCAUACGCAGCCGACAAACGUCAAGCAGCUAGUGGUCGAAUCAGACUCGAGCAGCAAGACGAUGCUCAUGUCGUCGAUUGUACUCACGGACGGUGUCGAACGUGUGGGCAAGACGGGUGUGGCAGUCGAGAUGAGUGACCAGGGCGCGCGAACCGGAGUAGUGUACAUGGUUCAGCUUCGCAACGAACAAUCGACGCAGGGACUGUUUGACAGCCUUUUGGCUGGGUCUGAUCGAACUGUUGUCUAUGAUGCCAACGAUGAUGAUACGUCUUCUAAUGACCCCACUAUUGUUCCGAAUCGUCUAGCGUUGAAAUUGCUCUACAGUCAGCGGGCAUGGAACCAGGCCGAAGACGGUGAUCGCGUCGAGUCUACGUACUCUGUAGCUCGUUCAGAGACUCCUUCAGACUAUAGCAAGCGUGCUUGGGACUCUACUGCAUCGCUCGACGAGGAUCUGAUCCAGGACCGGCCAGACUCGUACGCGCCGUCUUCGCACACGCACAAUGGCUUUGCAGACAGCGCACAUGAUACCGUGGACACGCUCCAAACAGACACAGACGACACGCGCAUGAGCGUACUCGGUCCCAAGACGAGGCACUUUGCGCCCGCUCCUUGGGAACCCGGAGGAGAGGAUUUAGUCGAAGAGGAAGAAGAAGUACCAGAGGCGGAAACACGUUCGCUCUUUGGAGGUAGAGGUCGCCACAAGAAGCCAAAGGAGACUCCAACCAAGCCGCGCAUCUUCCCAGCUUCUUUUGCUCCCAGAGCCUCUAGCUCAUCUCGACCUUCUGUCGACGUCUCGACACCCACUUCGUCUUCCUCUGGUGGUGGUCGUCCGCGUCCUCCGGUGCGUCCUGGCAGCUCCGGAACGCAGUACUCUGUCGUCUCCGACGCGGUCCCUUUCCCCGGUAACAACCGUUAUGAAGCGCGUUCUGCAAUUGCAUCGCCCAAGAUGAAUCGUCGUGACAAUUUGGACAAUGAACUGGCGAGUUCACCUUCACAUCCGUUUGCAAAUCCGCGAUAUGCCGCUUCGCAACAUUACGAUGAUGCGGCAAGUGUCAAUUAUCCGCCCUCCCCCGCAAGUGUCUAUCCUCCGUCCAUCUACGCGGGCAAACCUCCGUCUGGUCACGCCACUCAGCCACAGCACGUCGCCUCCGCGUCCACCAGAGACAUGCCUCCGCCUCCGUCUUCACAGCCCGGCAUCCCGCAAAAGAUGGCUCCAUGGCAAUAUACACCAGGCAGCCCCACAUUUCAACUCGUUAGUCUGGAAGAGGCACAAGCGCUCAAGGCCCGUCAGCGGCAAAUGUCGCUCGGAGCGGUCGAGCAGUCUGGCCCACGGACACGUACGGUCAGUGGACCGACGAGUCGCAAGUCGAUGCUCCCGAUCGAACAACACCCGCCGCAGCCUAGCACCGAGCCGACGACAGAAACGAACCCUGCACAAGGCAAGACGCUCAAGGGCAGGAGGAGUUUGAUGAACCUUUUUGCAAAAGGAAAGGAAAAGGGGGGUAUCACGCGCUCGGAAUCGCCGCCUCCAGUCCCAUCGCUUCCAAACAGGGCUGCGACCACGUCCGUGGUGGAAACCUCGCCGGUUGUAGAAACACAGCCGGCGGUCACUCCUCUAGAUUCUUCUUCACAUCAGCAAAGGACCAUUAAACGGUCUGCACCUCCUGCGCUCAACGUCGUCAUCACCUCUCCUCAACCGCAGAUUGCUCACCCGUAUCGAGACCAGUAUGCGCCUCCUCCACCGAUCCCGACGAUUCAGAAAUCUGCGACUCCACCACCUUCGUUUCAGCAAAAGCCCAAACAUGUGCCCAGAAAACAGUCGUCGGCUCAAACACUGUCACCUGCAUCGGACGCGCGAUCUCCGACGCAAAAGCCCAACUCGGCACCGUCGACUGUCCAAGGAUUCAGUGGCCUUUCGAUAAGACCCGUUUCUACCAUGUUCAGUUCCAUGCCCCUUGACUAUUUGGCGUCACCCGCGCUCGCGACGCCAGUUCCUAGCCUCGCAGCAGGCAACUCUACUGGACAAUCCAUCACACAGUCUCCCACCACUCCAUCCCUUUGGAGUUCACGCUCGGAGUCCGUGUCUACUGGAUCAAUGGACCUGCCACCAUCUACCCCCGGUGGCUUGGUCCAUUCACUGAGCUCGGGAUCUUCGAUGGAAACCGGAAAUAUCGCCUCUUUGCCGUUGUCGCAGAAGCAAUUUUAUGGUACGCGCGACAUAUGGAAGUCGCAGAUUGCAGACUUGGAGGCACAGAUCCGGGCGCUCAAAUCCGAAGUGGCUGCUCUCAAGGAGGCGCCGUGCCCUUCCUGUGGCCAUUUUGGUGGUGGAUCGAGCUGCAUGGAGAAGACGAGCGUGCUUAAUCGACCCAGAGCAAAGACUGCUGCUGGUAACCAGCGUUUUGGUGGAGGCGAAUAG